GAGAUGGGAACUGUGGUAUCAGCACAAGGGUAGACAACAAUUGAGAGUGGCCAGUGAGGGGUGGUUCCCAUCAGUGGGGACCUUCGGGGGGACCAGGCAGUCUUGUGUAUCAGCACGGCCUCGGCAACUGGAAGGCAGCAGCUCCCCAGGUUCCAUGUCAUCUCGGACGUUCCAAUUCUGUUAUUUCAAGUGCAGACCGUUACCUGGCAUUCUGAGUGCUCCCUCUGUCAUUCCGGUUGGAGUGUGAGCUAGGGGCAGUGCCUUCGGCUCUCAGCUGUGGCAUCUUGAACCUUGGUUUUGUGGUUCCUGAAUCUCAGGUGCUGUGGGGUGUUGUUCAAAUUGUUCCCAACAUCCCCAGCUCUACCUCCUCGGCCACACGUCACCAUGGCAGCACCUCUUGGCCCUCUGUCUGAUCCAGGGGCAGAAAUCAGCCUCCUGGAAAUCAACCAGGAGCUUCAAUCCCAGCUGGAAAAAAGCAAGCAGGACUUCCGAGACCUCAAGGAGAAAUUCCUUAUAUCCAAAGCUACUGCCUACUCCCUGGCCAACCAGCUGCAGAAAUACAAGUGUGAAGAGUCCACUGACCUCAUCGAAUCCGUGCUGGGAGAGAAGGUGCAGUUUGAGAAGGGGAAGCAGGCAGACACGGUGGCUGAGAAGCUCAGGCUAUGUCAUACCCUCAUUAAAGACCAGGAUAAAGAGCUGACCCGUUUGUAUCAGAAGUUACGGAAAGGGAAAGACGUUUCCCAACUGCUCAAUAAGCUCCUCGAGGACCUCCUCACCCAUGAUGACCCUGAGCAUUCCCAAGGGCAGGGCUUCCAAGAGCAACUGGCUGAGGGGCGCAGGCUGGCCAAGUGCCUUGCCCGAAAGCUCAGCCCAGAAAAUUAUGAGGAUGAGGAGGAUGAAGAAGAACAAGGAACCCUCACUCCCAGCAUGGAGCAGCAGCAAGUUGAAAAGAAGGAAGUCCUACAGGACACAGUGGAUGAGUGUGUUUUGACUCCUUCAACUCUGCAAGAAGGGUGUGACAACGACCAGUCCUACAGUGCUGGCGAAUUCCCAUUAGAUGAACAGGAAUUCGGCUCUGCUCUGGAUUUAGCCUGUGAAUGCUCCCACACCCAAGGGGAUGAAACGUCACGUGGUCCCCCAGAAAGUCAAGAUGAUCGAAGGGAAGGAAAUGGACAACAGCCAAUGUGCCCCAGCAUGGAGCCCCAGGAUGUUGAAAAGAAGGAAUUCCUACAGGACACAGUGGAUGAAUGUGUUUUGGCUCCUUCAACUGUGCAAGAAAGGCGUGACAGCGGCCACUCUUACCGUGAUGGCAAAUUCCUGUUUGAUGAACCUGAAUUUGGGUCUACUCUGGAUAUGGCCUAUGAAUGCUCCCAUUCCAAAGGGGCUAUAACUCCACGUGGUCCUCCAGAAGACCGAACUGAUCAGGAGGAUCUGGGAAGACAAGAGCCGGCUGCCCCCAGGCUCAGCAGACAGCUGGUAGAGGUGGUACAGCAGGACGUCUCAAGGGACUCUCAGGAUGAACACUACUUGACAUACUCAGUUCUUCCCGACCUGUCUGACUCCUACUGGCCUUACAGGAGCGCCGCCAUCUUCCUACCUGAGGAACUGGAAGUCUGUUCCUCUCUGGAAGUGACCAAAAAUCAAUUCCACCAUGAGGAGGAAGAAGACCAGGACCAGGCAUGCCCCAGGUUCAGCAGGGAGCUGCCAGUGGUGGAAGAGCAGGACAACCCAUGGGACUCACUGGAUGAAUGCUAUAUGAUUUCCUCAGCAUUUCCUGGCCUGUCUGACCCCCACGGGAAUUCUAGGAGGGCUGACAUUAACUCUUUCCAAAAUCUGGACAUCUGUUCUCCUCUGGAAGCAGCUCAAAAUCAUAAUGAUCUUUUGGAGGAAGACCAAGACCGGAUAUGCCCCAGGUAACUCUGAAGAAUCAUGGGCUUUAAUUCAAUGGUGACAUCUCGUGAUCUCAGAUCUAGGCAAAUCUAGAAAGUGCUAAACGUACCUAUUUUACCCAUUCAGCCACCCACAAAAUCUUCCGUUAGCAAUGUUCUCUGUUUCACUGUGGUACUUCUAGAGGCCCCUUUCUUAAUCCCCCCCCAAAUGCAGGAACCUCUUGUCCAUUGAUGCAGGUAUCCUAAGCAGUCACAGGGACACUUUGUAUUGGAUCCAUCCAAAAUGCCCAUCUGUCGCUGCUGGUUUCGCAUUAUGAUGUUGGCAGGAAUUCAUGGCAAGGAAAGUGUUUAGGAAAACAAAAAUUCAUGUCUCAGUAUUUAGACAAGUAGGCCUUGGACAUACGAGCUUUCUAGGAAUCUACAAUGCUGCCAAUCUGGGGUUGUCUUGGUGAUUUCUGUAAAUUUCAACAAAAUGUAUGCAAAAGUGUUGAUGCCGGUUUUAUUGUUUUCUGAGUGUGCUAUGUGUUGUGACUGUUGUGCACAGGGCU